GACACUUUGGCGCAGCAGCAAUCCACACAAAUCAGUUCACAAUCAAUUCUUUCUCGCAUCGAGCCCACCACGUAUUUGAAAUCUUCAUGGCUUAGGCAUAGAUGAACUGAGCCCAUGUGCUACAAUCCUAUGUUUUCAGAAUGUGCUUACGAUAAUUGUGGCGGGAGUCGCAUAGGUUUGAACGAAACUUCUGGAGACGGGAUGGGGAUGGGACGUUGACAUCUCACCUGCACAUCUUAGAUCCACAACCGCCACAAACGCCAAAUACAAUCCUCCGUACUCAGCACUAAUGCCCUUUGGUGCCAUCUUUAUCCUCCUAAACCGACAUUCGGGUCCGCGAUGGAUUCACUGUGCCCCAAGUGACGACCUGACAUCAGGCACAUCUACGUCACUUCAAUGAAUAUCAUAUAAAUCCCACCAAAUAACCCCAAGAUGCGGCCCUUCAACCUGACCUCGUCCCUAAGCAAAGUAUGUCAUCCCUUUCGACCGCAGAUUCGCUGCGUAUUUCACCAAAACUACGUACUGAUAUAUCGCCUCGCAGGUCCUAGGAUUCCAGGCCAUCGUCAAAUCCGCCUUCAACCCCUCCUACCGCGCAAUGUCUAUAGUAUCCACCCCGCGACCCGAAAUCGACCGCGUCAUAAAAUACUGGUUCGAAGGCGACGAUGUGCCCCAAAAAUGGUUUCGCGGCGGUCCCAAAGUCGACAGCGAAAUCAAAGACCAUUUCAGUGCUCUAGUGUCCCAGGCGCGCGCCGCAGAACUCACGCCCUGGACCGCCGCCCCUAAAGGAACCCUCGCGCUUAUCAUCCUGCUGGAUCAAUUCUCCCGGAAUAUCUUCCGCGGCUCGCCAGAAUCAUAUAGCAAAGACAGAUUGGGCCUUGGGAUCGCGGCGGAAGCUAUCGCCAAGCGGUUUGAUAGGCAGGUGCCGGUGAUGCAGCAGGUGUUUUUUUACUUGACGCUGAUGCAUGAUGAGAAUCUGGUGUCGCAGAUUGCGGGGAUGGCGUUGUGCGAAGGGCUCGUGGAGAGGUGUGUGGGGGAGGAGAUGAUGAAGGAUUUCGCGGUGAAUUCGAUAAAGUCGGCACAGAGCCAUAUGGAUUGUAUUAGACGGUUUGGGAGGUUUCCGUCGAGGAAUGAGGUUCUUGGGAGGAAGUCUACGGCGGAGGAGAUUGAGUAUCUUGAGAAGGAGCAUAGUGGGUGGUGAUUUGGAUGGUCAGCGAGUACCACAAAGGG